AUGAUAACUCCUGAGUUUUUAUCUCAGAAGCUUACUCAUUUUGAAGCCAUUCUUCGCAAACAAUUGGCCCAUUUGUCAAGAAUCUCAAAUCUUUUACCAGCAGAUGCCCCACCUGUUGUCACAGGGGUGCAUGGGAGAGAAAGGAAGGUUGGUGGAAGUACGAAUGAAGAGGAAAAGGUUGUUGGAAAAGUGUUCUCCACAAAAUUACCAACAACAAAUCCAACUAUUUCAACAGCUGGUCCAAUGAGUUCGACAAUUGUGACUACAAUGCCAAUCACCAAAGGUAUAGUGAUUCGAUGA